GGCGAGCGCGGAGGCGGAAGUUCCCCACCGGCUUGAGAGGGACGGCGCAGGCACCGUGAGCCACUUGUCAGCGCUGGUCUGAGGCGGAGGGUGCGCCGCGCGUGUCCGGAGUUUCUUUCAUUUUCUAGAACUGCACAUUGAACCCUUGGAACCAUGAGCAACUACAGCGUGUCAUUGGUCGGCCCAGCUCCUUGGGGUUUCCGGCUCCAAGGUGGCAAGGAUUUCAACAUGCCUCUGACAAUCUCUAGUCUGAAGGAUGGUGGCAAGGCAUCCCAGGCACACGUCAGAGUAGGCGACGUGGUUCUCAGCAUUGAUGGAAUCAGUGCACAGGGAAUGACUCAUCUCGAAGCCCAGAACAAGAUUAAGGCUUGUACAAGUUCCUUGAAUAUGACUCUGCAAAGAGCUUCUGCUGCAGCCAAGUCUGAGCCAGUUGCUGUCCAAAAGGGUGAACCUAAGGAAGUAGUUAAGCCUGUGCCCAUUACAUCUCCUGCUGUAUCCAAAGUCACUUCCACAACCAACAUGGCCUACAAUAAAGCACCACGGCCCUUUGGUUCUGUGUCUUCACCAAAAGUCACAUCCAUCCCAUCACCAUCGUCUGCGUUCACCCCAGCCCAUGCCGCCACUUCAUCACAUGCUUCCCCUCCACCUGUGGCCGCUGUCACUCCCCCCACACUUUCUGCAUCCGGACUGCAUGUUAGUGCCAAUCUUAGUGCUGACCAGUGUUCAUCUCCACCAAACACUGGUAAACCUGCAGUUAAUGUCCCACGGCAGCCCACAGUCACCAGCGUGUGUUCCGAGUCUGCUCAGGAGCUAGCAGAGGGACAGCGAAGAGGAUCCCAGGGUGACAUUAAGCAGCAAAAUGGCCCACCAAGAAAACACAUCGUGGAGCGCAACACAGAGUUUUAUCAUAUACCCACUCACAGUGACGCCAGCAAGAAAAGGCUGAUCGAGGACACUGAGGACUGGCGCCCGCGGACUGGAACAACGCAGUCUCGUUCCUUCCGGAUCCUUGCCCAGAUCACUGGGACUGAGCACCUGAAAGAAUCUGAAAAUGACAAUACAAAGAAGGCAAAUAACACCCAGGAGCCGUCUCAGCAAUCCGUGUCAUCUGGAGCUUCACCUCUGAGUGCGUCUGAGGCCCUGGAAAGCCCAGGUUCAAGCAGGCCAGCGGUGGCUGGCCUCAGGUCUGCUGCUGCUUUCAAGCCUGUAGGAUCCACCAGCGUCAAGUCACCAAGCUGGCAACGUCCAAACCAAGCAGCACCUUCUACUGGAAGAAUUUUAAACAGUGCAAGUUCUACAGGUACAGGGGCACCUGUGAACCCAGCUGUUGGGCCACCCCAGCCAGGCGACCAAGACACACUUGUACAAAGAGCUGAGCACAUUCCAGCGGGCAAGCGAACUCCCAUGUGUGCCCACUGCAACCAAGUCAUCAGGGGACCUUUUCUCGUGGCUCUGGGGAAGUCCUGGCAUCCAGAAGAGUUUAACUGUGCUCACUGCAAAAACACGAUGGCCUACAUAGGCUUUGUAGAGGAGAAAGGAGCACUUUAUUGUGAGCUAUGUUAUGAGAAGUUCUUUGCUCCUGAAUGUGGCCGGUGCCAGAGGAAGAUCCUUGGAGAAGUCAUUAAUGCUUUGAAGCAGACCUGGCAUGUGUCCUGCUUUGUGUGUGUGGCCUGUGGAAAUCCCAUUCGUAAUAAUGUUUUCCACUUGGAAGAUGGCGAGCCCUACUGUGAGACAGACUACUAUGCCCUUUUUGGAACCAUAUGUCGAGGAUGUGAAUUCCCCAUAGAGGCCGGGGACAUGUUCCUGGAAGCCCUGGGCUACACCUGGCAUGAUACUUGCUUUGUGUGCUCCGUGUGUUGUGAAAGUUUGGAAGGGCAGACAUUUUUCUCCAAGAAGGACAAGCCACUUUGCAAAAAACAUGCUCAUUCUGUGAAUUUUUGAAAAUCAGCAGAUCCAGGAAAAAGAAGAAAUUUGAAAAAAAAAAAAAAAGAAAAUUAAAAUUUACCAUUUAAUCGUUAGUUUUAAUAUUUAUAUGGAGUUCUAAAAUAGUAAUAGCCCUGAAGGGAUAUGCUCCAACAUUAAAAAUCAAAUCUGAAAAAAAACACUUGGCCUCAGAAAGUCACAGGCAGUUUGACAUUUAUUAUGUCUUGCCAGUAUUUUCUGCCCAUGAAGUAGCCUUUAUAAAAAUCAAUUUCCUGGCUGUUAAGUUCAUCUUAGACUAAAUUAGCAAAGGAUUACAUUUUAGAAUUAAAAUCUCUAGUCUCUAUGCUGAAAUGAUACUGGGGGUGGGUAGUAGCUAUAAGAAUCCACAGAAGGCAAUAAAAGUGACUUAAACCUUAUUAAUAAGAAUAAUCGUUUAAUAAACCCAUUUUAUCUUUAAAAUAGUAAGUAGAAGUUUAAAUAAGUUUUGCGAGUAGGUGGUAUCUUUUUCUGUUUAGUGAGUGAGUGUACUUGCUUUGGCCCUAUCAUUGGUCUUACCUUUCUGUAAGAUGGAAAUUCUUGAUCAAAGUGUGUGAUGCCAGUAGGAGAUUUUGUGAUCUCUUAUGUUCUCCCAGAGGCUGCCAUGUUGCUUAAAGGUCUUCAGAUGAAACAGUUUGUUUGCAUUGUGUAUGGUAGCCUGGUCUAGACUGCCUUGCUUUUCUUCUCUUAUGCUGAGAGGAAGAUAUACCAGUAGCGUUAGAUUCCUUUAGUUUUGUCUCCUUUUUAGAAAAGAGUAGGUAGAAUAUAAAGGAAUUAGGGAAAUGAAGCAAUUGUAAGUAAAAAGUUAAAAGAACUACUUCCCACUUUCAGAUAAUGAACUGAGUGAUUUUUACAACUAUGCCUCUGACUGAAGAUUCGAAAACUCCUUGCCCAGUAAUUUGUUUUGGAUUCAGGAUUAUGAUAAGAUCCAACUGUAUAUUGUUACUAUGGUUUUUUUUGCAUAUUUGGAGUUGUUCUGGGAUUUUGUUUCUUGGGGUUUUUUUGUUUGUUUGUUUGUUUGUUUGGGAUUCUUUUCUGUCAGUAAGUAAAUCCCCUCCAGCUGUGUGAUCGCUGAGAUAGACAACUUUUGUUCUCUGGCGUUUGGUGAACCAUGAUGUAGUUCUCACAUGGUCCUGUCAUCUGUUCUUCAUGAGUGGGCAAAGCGUCGUCAGACACCAUUUGUAGUCAGGAAAGUGGCUGGGAGACAGCCGUGCAGUGUAGCUCACUACCCAGGGAGAAAACAAAUGAUAGCAUUUUAUAUUUUGUUUUUACAAUGAGUAAAAGCCCAUGAUCCUGCUGACUUAUAGUUUAAAUCUGUGGGGACAAGGUGCUUUCCAAAUCCAGAUGGAGUUCCCAGGUUCCUCCUGCCGUGUGUGUGUGUGUGUGUGUGUGUGUGUGUGUGUGUGUGUGUGUGUGUGUCUGUGUGUGUGUUAGAGAGGACAUCUCUUAGACUACAGUAUUUGUUUAACUUUCGUAAAAACUUUCAAGGCAUCUGUCCUGAAAGCUGCUAAUCUAUGGUCUAGUGAAUUUAUAUUAUAUGCAGAUAGUGAUGAACUGGGGGAUAGAUGAACAGCAAGGGUGAUACCACAUUACAAACCGGAAGCUUCUUCAGUAGCAGCCCUGAUUACCUCCUCACCUGUGCUUGUAGGGAGGCAGAAAAUGUCUUCAGAAGUCAGUGCUGGAACUCUGCACGUUAGGUCCUUUGCUGCUGCAAACAUCAGACUGAUGACUCCUGCGCGUUAGUUCAGAUCUGAAUGUCGGCCUCUGGCUUUAUACGUCAGAAUACGUUGAUGAUUCUUGAUGUGAUAGUUUUGACUUUUAGAUGAUAUUUGAAAACUCAUUGGUAUUUGCAUAUUCAAAGACUUUUUCUUCGACUUGGAUUUCUUAUAAAAUUAUCUUUCUCUAAGGAUAUCAUUUUUGUUAAGCCUUUACUGUUAUGUGUUAUUUGUAGAGGAUAAUGCUGCAUUUGUAAUGCUGUGUUUCUCUGUAUUUAAUCUGUCAAAGGCUAGUGUGGCUAGGGAAUUUGGCAUUGUGUCUUUCUUCUUUGCCUGUUUUAUGGCAAGUUUUAUAUCCAUUCCUAAAACAGUGACCUCUGGGAGAUGAGUUCUAACCGUAGCCAGAAGAUCCGUGUGAGGUGGGGAUUGAUAUGUUUCGUCUACCAGCAUGGAUGUCCAGAUCCCUGGCACAGCACUUUACCCUUCUGGUGAGCUCCCUGGGUAUUUAGUAUAAGUCUUCUGUGUCAGGAGCAGUCUUUUCACUACUAAGUUUUCACCAUCGAACACUGAGCUUUCCUCUGGCUAGAUGUAUAUUUUGAAGGCUGUACUGGAUAAACCCCAGAUGGAUAUGUUUCUCAUUUGACUUCUCAUUGUUCAGACUUUGAUGUGCCGAGAUUGAUACUGUCUCUAAUUGUUGGGUCUCACUGCUGCCUGUUGUGAUUCCAUGUUCCUUGUGAUUCCAUGUUUUCCAUGGGGAAGGUACCUUCCCCAUGGAAAACUGGAGCCUAAUUAUUUGGCCAUGGUAUUUAAACAAAAGUAACCAUUUGUUUACAAAGCAUUUGUUAGCAAAAUCCUUUGAAUAUUGAUAUAGACCUGUUUAAAAUUAUCUACAGCAGAGUGUACUUUCCAAGGAACUCUAGAUUAGAAGCACUUUCAUAGAAAAGUAAUUACUGCAGUAUGAAUUCAGUGUAACAUUAAAGUUUUUUGGCAUUUGCAGUUCAGUCAUCUCCAUUGGAGCAGAGGAAAACACACGAGAUAGCCUUACACAAAUGUACCCUUAUUUCAGUCUGUCCCUCGCCUCCAAAUGGCUAAGGUGUUGGACUUAGCUACUAAUGUAUAAUAUGCUGAACCUGUCCAUGGCUGUCUUUCUUCACAUUUUAAAAUUUGUGUAUAACUGCUCUUUUGCUUUUGGAUAUAUUUUUAAUUAAAAAAAUCACAUGAGAAAUGUAAUCUGUAUAGUGAUACUUUAAUGAGCACAUACUCAAUAAACAACUGCAGUGAUGUCGACAGCA